AUGGCUUGUGAGAUUGAAAAAUGGUUGAUUUUUCAUCUUUUUCUCUUAGCUGAAUGCUAUAUGCAAUGUUCUUGUGCCCACGAAAAAACGCGUCAAGUGCCUUGUGUUUACAUAUUUAGCGACUCCUUCAAUGACAAUGGAAACAACAACAAUCUUGAAACUGAAGCAAAAGCUAAUUACAAUCCAUAUGGCAUCGACUUUCCAACUGGUUCAACGGGACGAUUUACCAAUGGAAAAACAGUAAUUGAUUUUACAGUCGAAUUUCUUGGAUUCAAGGAGUUCAUCCCACCUUUUGCAAACACAAGUGGCUCAGACAUACUUUUGGGUGUAAACUAUGCAUCUGGUUCUGGUGGAAUUCGCCAUGAGUCUAGCCAACAAUUGGGUGAUAGAAUCCCCUUGGGACAACAGAUAAAAAAUCACAAGACCAUAGUUUCCAAAAUAGCCAAGAAGCUUGGAGGCGCGUUUGAAGCUAAAAACUAUCUGAAGAAGUGCUUAUAUUAUGUGAAUAUUGGCAGCAACGAUUACCUAAACAAUUAUUUCUUGCCCGAAAUAUACCCAACAAGUCGCAUUUAUAAUCCUGAACAGUAUGCUGAAGUUCUUAUCAACCAAUAUUCCCUUGAUUUAAAGGAUUUGUAUAUUACUGGUGCAAGAAAAUUCGUACUAGUUGGGUUAGGCCUAUUAGGUUGCCUUCCAUAUAUCAAUACUGUGAAUGGGAAUAAUGGAUCAUGUAUUGAAAGUUAUAAUGCUGAUGCAUUAAUAUUUAGUCAGAAGCUUAAAUCUCUAGUGGAUAAAUUCAAUGCCGAACUUCACGAUUCCAAAUCUAUCUUUGUUAAUAGUACUGCCGGCCCAGUACAAAGCACAUCAGAUUUUACAGUUACAAAGGCUCCUUGUUGUCCAACAAUGCCAGAUGGGAUGUGUAUUCGUGAUUCAAUACCAUGUUCGAAUAGAGAUAACUAUGUUUUUUAUGAUGGAAUUCAUCCUACGUCCGCUUAUAGUUACAACACUGCAGCAAUUUCAUAUGAUAGCACUUCUAGUCCAGACACAACCUAUCCAACUGAUAUCAAACGACUUGUUGAAUCUAAGAUAUAA